AUGGCUUUCUACGUGGACAUGUUCGCCGAGGCCGAGCUCCCUUGGCGCUGGGCGCGGGUGCUGGCGCUUCGGCGCUCCGUCUGCCUCGACAGCGGCUGCAUACGCAGGCAAAACCCACGGUCUGCGAUCUUGGCGGAGUGGCUUGGUACCUUGGCCUCUUCGAGCUGCUGGCGCCUCGCCGACCUUGUGGCGUCUGAUCCUUACAUCUUUCUCUUCAGCUACACUAUCCGGGCCAUGACGACGUCUGGCGCAGCUCCGCCACCAGAGGCUCGACCUCGCGACCGCGAUCUUCUUCCGGACGCGGUGGCCAGCCGCAUGGAGUCCGCCCCUCAUUGCACCAUCAAGAAGGAGAGGUCCCUGACCAACGGGCUCAUUCGUGUCCUGCACUCCCUCUCGCGGGGGGUGGUGGGAUCGGUGGCUGGGUUGGGGCCUGCGGCUCCGCGGGAGCGAUCGACCUCGGUCCAGAAGAGGACGGCCUUGGAGCUUCUGGAUUCGUGGGCCUCCUGGCAGGGCCACAUCUACGACGUCGACGUGGACCUGGACGGCGCCGUCGAGCGCGUCCUCGCUGGCCGGGCCUCGCCGGGCGAGGGCGAGGGGGUCACCGAGUCCCUGGGCGUGGAUUCGAAGGGUCGCCGCGUGCUGCCCAAGGGUGCGAUGUGCUCAGUCGACGUGGACGAGCUGGCGCUGCCUGCGCCUGGGAUCGCCCCCGUCAAGCUUGUCGAUAUAUGUCCCCUCGCUGUCGAGUAUUUCUCGGACAUGGAGGGCCGCGUGCUGAGGAAGUACGUGGAGGCGGAGGUGGACGGGGACCUGGUCCUGCAGCGGCAUGUGCGCACGAUCUGGGACGAGCGGCGGGUCAACCUCCGUUGGGAGCGGCUGCCCUACGCGCCGCUCGGCAACCCCGCCUCAUUCACGAACCUGGACCUCUCCAACAUCGAGGAGGAGGGGCUCGUCUACUCCGCGGUCGGCGACAGACCCGGCAUGUUCUGCAGGUUGGAGACGUUGGCAUGGACGGACGAGUUCGUGCUGCGCGUGGCCGAGCGAGCGGUCGACGUCGAGGCGCCCGCCGAUUCGUGCUACCUGGCCCUGAAGGCGCUCGUCAUAGGGUGGUCGUGGGCGCCGUUCCUGGCGCACUCCGCCCUGCAGGCGCGCAUGGAGACGGCCCUCGGCGAGGGCUCGGUUUGCGCUCGUCUAGUGUACGGGUCCCCGACGCCUCAGCUCCACGGCGAUGCCGGUGGCUGCGAGGCGCUCAACUGGGCCUACAUGGACGACUACGGCGUGAUGGCGAGCAGCACGAGCGCGAAGGGUCGCGAGAAGGAGCUGGUCUCGAGCAUGGCGGCGAAGGCAAAGUCGCAGUUGGAGUCCGCGGGCCUCGUGGUCCACAAGGAGGAGGAGGGCGAGGGGCUCGAAUUUCUGGGAGCUGUCUUGAGGGACCGUCCCUAUGUGAUUGGCUCGUGCCCGUUGAAGACAUGUCGUCUGGCCCUCGUGACCCUAGCCUUGGUGGAGAGACCCUGCUGGACGGCGACCAUGUUGGAGCGCCUCGUCGGGCUUUGGGCUUGGGCGGCGGUGUUCCAGCGAACGAGCCUCGCCAUCUUCGACCAGGUUUACCACGAAAUGCGACGCCGUUCGAGCCCAACCGCUGCCUUCCGCCUGUCCGCGGGGGCGCGGGCCGAGCUCGCCGCCGCCGCCUACUGCCCCCCGGGCCCGCCAGGCUGGACCAUCGCCGCCGAGGACCUCCACGCCAACGCCGAGGAGGACGCCUGGCAGGAGGGCUGCGGCGGCUACGCCCACGACGCCGACGAGCUGAGAGACCUCGAGGAGCACCUGCGGCGGCGCGCGGAGAGCGCUGGCGUCCUCGUCGAGGUCUGGCCCCUGGAUGCAGUCAUCGACCCGAAGCACGACCUCACCGACCCCGACUUUCUGAACGUCAUCGCGAGGCUCGUCGACAAGGGCUACUUCCAUGGGGUGCUGGUGUCACCCCCGUGCUCGACCUGGAGCCGCGCCCGCUUUCGAGGUCAUGGGCCCCGCCCUCUGCGCGCGCGUGCGGAGCCGUGGGGGCGCACCGACAUUGGGUUGACCUCGUGGGAGCUACGGCGGCUCGAGCUGGGCACCAAGUCGCUCAUGACGGCGCCGACGGUGAUCCGCGCGGUCUGCACGGCUGGCGGGGCCGGCCAGUCGGAGCACCCGUCCGACCCAGGGGGGCCGCCCUAUCCGUCGAUCUGGGACCCCGCGGAGCUGAAGGACCUCGUCAAGGUCUUCGGAGGAUGGGCCAACUACUUAGACCAGCGCCGCUACGGUGCCCCUUCCAUGAAGCCGACCAUGGUCAGCAUCUUCGGCACGUUCGACAGGAGCGACGGGGGCGCCGCCGCUCGGCUCUGCCUCACCUGCAUCCACGAGGGAUGCCAUCGGGCUACGCCCGAAGGCCGAGAGCCAGGAGGUCCAACCUUUCGCACCGCUGCUGCGCAGGCCUACCAGCCCGAGUUUUGCGACGCCCUCAGCGAGGUCAUCAUCGAGGCAAUCGUGCACAUGAGGGCGAGGAGGCUCGGGCCCGACGUCGAGGGUUCACUGCGGUCGCCUGCGUCGGCGACGCCGAGAAGGGGCCCCUUGGCAUGGGACAACUACGCGACGGACCCGAACGCUGGCUUGCUGGACGGUUGCUUCACGCGCUUGCUCACGCACUCGGUGGCCGACGCCACCGCCGCCCAGUGGGCCCCCAAGGUGCGGCAGUUCUUCAACUUCUGCAUCCAGCGGGGCUGGCAGCUCACAUCUGAGUCAGAGGUCGAUCGUGUGCUGGCGGACUACAUGGACAUCCAGUGCUACGGCGAGCGUAAGAGAGCGACCCUCGACUCGGUGGCCCUGUUUGGCACGUUGGCGAUCUGGAGCCUCAAGAUUUGGCAGAAGCUGGCUGGCACGAGCGAAGGGGGGCCACUCCCAGAGGAGGCCAUCUACGCGAUCGCCAUCUACAUGAUCGAGCAGGGGCACUACGUGGCGGCCGUCUGGACGCUUACGCAGUACGACGUCUACGGCCGAGAGCAGGACAUGGAGAUGCUGAAGGUCGCGGGCGUCGUGUGGGACUGCCAGCGCAUGGCCCUGGCCCGCGGCGUCUCGCGCCGCGGGGAGGAGGUCAAGACCGGCACCGGCCAGGGCGCCGUCGCGCGGCGGAGCGCGGUCGCCAACCUGGUCCUGGGCCUGCGCGACUUCAGGGCGAGCAGGGGCGAGAAGCUCUUCGGCAUCGACCAGAUCCGCUUCCGGAAGCUCUGGCACCAGGCCGGCCACGCGCUGGGCAUGCCGCGGGCGCCCCCUCCACAUGGGAUCCGCCACUCGGGCCCCAGCGAGGACAUCGCCCGAGGCCGCGCGUCGCUCGAGCAGGCCCUGUCCAGUGUUCAGCGCUACUCCAAGACGUUCGCCCUGAGGCAGUUCCGCGCGAGGAUGCCAGAGGUGGCCCGGGAGUCGGGCAUGCGCGCGGGGCGGGACCUGAAGGCGGAGAUCCUGCGAGCCCUGCGGCUGCGUCCCCGCCCGCGCGGCAGCCUCCCCGAGGCACUCGAGAACGCUAUCAGGAAGGGCCUCGCCGAAGACGUCGCCGCCGAGCAGAUGAAGAUCAAGAGUUCAAAGGCGCGCAGUUCCAAGAAGGCCAACCAGACUGGCGAUGACGACCAAGACAACCCAGGAGGCCCGUUCUCGGAUGAGACGUUCGGGGAGGACACGGGCUGGUGGACUGAGUGUUGGCGGCGCCCUUAG